UGAGUCGCAAGCUUUGCCAUCGCCAACCAGUCCACACCCUAAGCCCAAGAAACCAAACAUUUCAAACGAAAUCUGUGAAAAACAUUGCCAAUUCUCAUACAAAGCAUGCAAAAAUCGCCACAUUUUGCACGCGAGGAUUCCCAGGAGCAUCUGCCCAGCCCACACAACACCGUCAACAUGAAGCGUCGCACUCUCGCUGGAAGCUGCGGCGUUGGCGUCUUCAUAUUUGCCUUCGCAUUCAUUGCGAUUGCCUUUGCAACGCCCAGUUGGUUGGUGAGCGAUUAUCGCAUAACGGGUGCGAAGCUGGACAGAUUGGGACUCUGGGUGCACUGUUUCCGUUCGCUACCCGACGUCAACGAUGACAGCCAGCGUCGCUUCUUCGUGGGCUGUCGUUGGGUAUAUGACCCAUUUACCAAAGGCUACGAUGAGAUACGUGGAUUCCUGCUGCCUGCCUUCAUGAUUGCCACACAGUUCUUCUACACGCUCACCUUCAUUGGCAUGCUGGUCAGUGCCAUUGCGGUGCUCGUCUUCUUCCUAUGCGCAGGACCAGAUCAGAAGCACUUCAUCAAUCUCAUUCGUGGCCUGGGCUAUGUGCUACUUGGCUCUGGGGUGAGUGCAGCAAUUGCUGUGAUUGUUUUCGCGGUAUUUGGCAAUCGCAACGGUUGGAUGCCGGAGCAUGCGAACAAUUGGUUUGGCUGGUCCUUUGUGGUGGCGUGUGUGGGAACCGUGCUCACCCUGGUGGCGGCCACGUUAUUCCUCACUGAGGCGCACGUGCAACAUCGCAAGCGUUUGCAGUUCAAGGAGUCACAGACACGCUUCGAGCUGGUGCGUGGUUAACCCACAAAUUGCUUUCCCUUUUUUUGCUAAGUGACAAUAAUUUUGGCAGCACACCACAACAACAGCAGCAAUAACUACUACAAUAACAAAAACAACACAUUCCGUCCCCACGUCACUGCUACAAAGAAUUCUCACCAUAUAAUUAAUUGUAUACUUAGUUUUAGUUUGGCCUAAACCAGCAGCUAGUUGAAUGUUUAUGCAAUUUGCCAGAGAACUUUCCGCAUAACACCUCCCCGCAAAAAGAGACUUUCAGUUGGUACUUAUGAAUCAUUCAAUCAGCACAGUUCAAUCAAACGACAAAAACAACGAGGCAAAACUGUUCUACCAGAAGACUGAAUGAAUCUGCAAUGUUUCUUCUCAACAACAUAGAAUCUAACGAAGCUCAAAUGAAUCAUUAUCGCGUGUAACAUCAAAUAUUUGCAUAAGAAAUUGCGCUCAAUUAACGCACAAUUACCCAGCCCUUGUCCCCCCGACAAUGUGACACCUUCUCCUCUGAAAUUGUUUUUAUUAUUUUGUAUGACGUCGCAAGCGCUUAGAAGUAACAGUAGCAACAAUUAGAAACACUCUCGUGCCUUAAUUAGACAUCGCUGCUAAAUAGUUCAUAGUGCCUUAAAUCAAAGUAUUGUUUAGCUUCUAAAAUACCUGAGAAUGCGCGUUGCGACGACAAACCGAUUGGAUUGCAUAAACUUCUACUAAUCAGUGCCUUAGAUAAGCAUGUCAUGUCCCAAAAUUAAUAAUGCUAAACAACAAAAUGUAACUUAGUUAAGCACAACGAAACGAUUAACGUCCAAUACACUUCUUAUAUUUAAGACA